CUAAAGGCUUCAGAGUUCGACUGGCUGUUUGACUGCGCACCGGAGAACCUCCACCUCCUGCGCUUUGUGUGUCGGACCCUCAACCGGAGCAACGUUCUCUCCACAGAGGAGGCUGCUGCCUUUCAAGAGCUACAGAAGUCAGGGAAACCUAUUUUAGAUGAAGCUGCUUUAGGAGAAGUUCUGAAGAUUGCUGACCCUUCCGAUCGGAGCAGUGCACACAUCAUUGGUGGUCCUCUUUCUUCUGCAUUUUCACUGUUUACCCAGGAAAAGGAAUCAGCUGUUGAGGACUUGGAAGCAGAGCUACGAGAGCUGUGCAGGGAGAAAGAGUUGAAACAACGUCGUUACAACAAGUUGCAAGUUUCAGCCACAUCCCAAGCAGAUGUUGAGCUUAAACUCACCAGAGAGCUGGAUCGUGUAACCUGUAAGCUGAAGGAAGCCAGUGCUUCUAUUGGAGCGGAGAACGCAGACACCAACACUUUGUUACAAAAGCUAACAGAUGAGGUGAGCAAGCUUGCGUCGUAUCUCCCACCACCCUCAAUGAAACGUAAAGGAGACCCCCUUGCUCAAUUGAACCUCUCAAGCUCAAGGAGACCCACCUCUCUGCUCUCUCAGCUAUUGUUGGAUCCAUAUCUGCAUCAGGAAGAACGUAAUACCAAAAAUCUAGCAGCCCUCACUCAGAAACACUUUUUCCCGGGUAUUUCAAACAUCGUUGAGACCUCUUGCUCCGAGCACUUUCAAGUUCUUGAUCUUAGCUCCUGUGAAGACGUUAUGGAGGCCAGCCGAGAUCAUCGGGUGGUUGAAAACAGGAGAACAGAGAUGGCGAGGCUUCAGUGGUCACACAUUGUGGCUCAGCAUCAGCUGAUGCUGGCAGUCGCUGAGGAGAAGAGUGUUUUAGCCGGGCUGGAUUGGCUCUCAGAAAAGAACUGCCAUACUAAGAGCUUUUCCAGCUCCUCUUCACUGCAUGUACGAGAAGUGAUGUCCAGGCAAGAGCUGCAAGCGGUGGAGGCUGAGCUGGAAGCUCUGCUUCAUGGAGCGGUACCUGCUGCUCUCAGGGAGUCGGCCAGACUGCUGAACGUCCCGGUGGUGAGAGGAGACCUGGCUCUGCAGGUAGCCAGACAAGACUACUACACCUCCAGACAGAACCAGGUGCGUGACUACUUACUCCGCCAGAAAGCCUGCUUUGACGUGCUGCUUUUGGCUCAGGAGAUGGAACUGAGGAGGUGGAAGACAUGUCAGAACCAGUUGAGGGAAGUUGAAGGCCGACUGACGAAGGAAAGCAGAGCGGCAGCUUUGAGAAUGGAGAUUCUGACUCAUCCCGACUUGGGCGUCAAUCCAAAGCCCAACCCUAUAAUCAGCUGCGGCGAUGCUUCAUUCAGCAGACUGCUCCAGAUUCUUAACCAUGAUUCAGGCACCAGUAAACUGGAGCCAUUCCAGACAUACGAAGCUCUAGACCGUGCUGCCCGUGAUCUGACGCACAACCUGCAGCUCGCUCGAGGGUCAGUGGCCAGCGCCUGCCAUGAGCAGAACUACUCUGCAGCUCGUCUUUAUAGCAACUGCGAGACACUUCACAGGGCCGCGUACACAGCGCUUCAGCAGCUGACCUUAAGCCCGCAGGUACGUCCUACGGCCAAAACUGACCAGGAGCUCCUUUGUCCAAAUGCACAGGUGGGUGUAUUUCUUUUCAUUUUUACCAUUGUAGAGUGCAAAUAACCUAUAAUGUAAGUCUGAUGAACUUUCAAAUCCUGGGUGGUGGUGGUGAGGGGAGUCGGUGGCACAAGUAAAAGCU